UCUCUCUUUAACAGGAUGCUAGGAUCAAUUGUAAUUGAUCGGUAGAUCGUCCCAGGGAUGUUUACCUCUCUCCGGUUUUUAAAACAAUUUUCCCUUUAACGAGCUGGUUGGGCCAAUAGUAACUGAUUCCCGUGAAUUUUUGCUCCUCUCCAAAUUGUUCUUUUUAAAGUGCGGUAGUUCUUCUUUAAGAAGCCAGCGAAGCUGACCUCAAAGCAGCAACUAUUCAUUUGGGUUUCCCGCCUGCGCGGAGCCCAAAGAUGGUCAGCUGAUAAGAAGCGAAACUUAACUUUCUCUUUCCUUUCCCGGCGAUGGCGGCCGAAGCGCGCUUGCAGGGUUUGCUGGAAGAAGGCACCUGCUCCAUUUGCCUGGAGUUUUUCCAGGACCCCGUGCUCAUGCCGGAGUGCGGCCACAACUUCUGCCGGGGCUGCCUGACCCGCAGUUGGGGGACGUCGGAAUCGGAGGCUUCCUGCCCCCAAUGCAGACAAACCUUCAGACUCUGCAACCUCCUCCCCAACAGGCAGCUGGCGCGGAUGGUGGAAGUGGCCAGGCGAUGCGGAGGUCCUUGGGGCGAGGAAGGAGGGAGCUUCUGCCCGAAGCACCGGGAGCCCCUGAAGCUCUUUUGUAGGGACCACGAGACCCUCAUCUGCGUGGUCUGCGACCGAUCCAAAGAGCACAAGGGCCACUCGGUGAUCCCUCUGCAGGAGGCUUUCCAGGAAUACCAGAUAGGAAUCAGCCAGGAGGAAUCACUGCAGGGAGCCAUUCAGAUCCUUGGUCUUCCUGGCAAUCCUUGAACCAAUUUACUUGCUUCCUCUGUUGUCUGCAAAUUGGGUUUAGCCUGGUGCAGAACCAUCAGUCAGAACCAGACUGGAGAGAAGAUUCAAGGAGCUUUUAUUGAAGUACUUCAGCAAAAGAGUCUCGGCAGCUAAAAGAGCCGAGACCCUGAACCAUAUACAAUACAAAUUUUAUACAGUUUAGAUUAAGGAAGUUAACAUCCUAAGAAUCACUCAUUGGUUCCUUGACUUGUUUUUUUUUUUAAUUUCUUGUCCUGACCUACUUUAACCUCCUAGCAAACCCCUUCAGGGGAAUUUUGAGAGUUGAAGUCCACAAGUCUUACAAUUGCCAAAGUUGGACUAGGCAAUGCUUAGGUGUUGUUUAAAAAAACAAUGAGUCUUCCAGUCCGGAGGGGGUGUUUGGAAGCUGAACUCCAUUCACACAAGAGGGUUAAACUCUUGGGGGUGAAGACACAAACCAGGCCUGCAGCUGAAGCUCUUGUUCUUCUUCCUUUCUUCUUCUCUUCCCCCUUAGAGAGAAUGUAAUUCUGGAUCCAGACCCUGCCCAUCCUGACUGCCUUGACAUCUCUGAAGAUCGAAAAAGCGUCAAAGGACUUAAUCCAGUUAAAAAAAU